UGUUGUCACUUGUCUGAAUUCCAAGCUCACCAACUCUACUCUCUCUCUCUCUCUCUCUCUCCACUGUUCUGUAUUUCUUAGAAGUGGGGGAGAGAGACAAAGCGAAGAAAAUAUCAUUUGAGAGAAGAGUAAAGCGAUAACAAUCGAUAGCAAAAGGAAGGAGAGUGGAAAAGAUUUAAAAAACACCCACACCCACACACGAAAAGUGCCCUUAAAAAAACAAAAGAAGACGAAGAAGAAAGGGGAAAAAAAAUGUUGGUUUCUGAAACGAACGAAAUCGACGAUCUGUUAUGCAAUCGAAGGUCUCGGCAGCAUGAAGAGAUUCAGAGGAUUUGGACUUUGAGCUGCUGAGAAGUCGGUCUGGUGCUGAAGAUUUGGGGAGGCUUGUUGUUUCUACUACUAUCAGAAAAUGAAAUCUGACACACCGCUUGAUUGUGCUGUGUUCCAGCUGUCGCCAAAACGGUCACGAUGUGAGUUAUUUAUUUCUGGUGAUGGAGCGACGGAGAAGCUCACAUCAGGUUUGUUAAAGCCAUUCGUUGCUCAUUUAGCAGUUGCAGAAGAACAGGUUGCUCGAGCAGUUCAGUCAAUCAAACUUGAAGUUGAGAAACAUAAAAAUGUUGGAACAUGGUUUACAAAAGGAACUCUUGAGAGGUUUGUCCGGUUUGUUAGUACACCAGAGGUUUUGGAGCUUGUCAGUACAUUUGAUGCUGAAAUGUCUCAGUUGGAAGCAGCACGGAAGAUUUACUCACAAGGAGGAGGAGAUAAGCUGUCUGGUUCAUUGAGUGGAGAUGGAAUUGGAACCUUGGAUGCUGCUGACAUAACCAAGAAGGAGCUUCUGAGGGCAAUUGAUGUGCGACUUGUUGCAGUUAAGCAAGACCUGACCACAGCUCUUGCUCGAGCGUCUGCUGCUGGUUUCACCCUUGACACUGUCUCUGAACUCCGACUCUUUGCGGAUCGAUUUGGUGCCCAUCGCUUAAAUAAAGCUUGUAGCAAAUUCAUCUCCCUGUGUCAGAGAAGACCAGAAUUAAUCUGUGCGUGGAAGAAUAUGGAUGAUGAUCAGGCAGUCCGAACCUCUUUUGGUUCAGAUAUGUCCAUCGAUGACCUUGCCGAAGAAAGCUCUCCUGCUGGGCCUAGUUUGCUCCACCAAUCUCAUCGCCAGUAUCACAAUCAGCAGCAUCAGCACCAGCAACAACAACAGAUCCACCAAGAUCAUGAUGCUACACAACCCCUUGAGAACUCCAAAUCCUCCAUGUAUCAACAACCGAAAUCAUCCUUCACCUUCCCAAUACGGCGUUCUGAUGAGAGGGGCGAGAUCAGGGAAGGGACCGUCGAGAAAGACAAGGGCAUGGAAGAGAGUGUGGCCGAGUUGCCUCAGGCUAGUAGUCAGCCAUCGAGGCGGCUAAGUGUUCAGGACCGGAUCAACUUGUUUGAGAACAAGCAGAAGGAGAAGUCUGGGAGUGGUGGUAAGGUUGCAUUAGGGAAGUCUGCUGAGCUUCGGAGGCUGUCUUCGGAUGUGUCGUCCACUCCCCCUGUUGUGGAGAAGGCCGUUCUGAGAAGAUGGAGUGGGGCUAGUGACAUGAGCGUGGACUUGAGUAAUGAUCGGAAAGAAACGGAGAGCAGUUCUACCACACCCUGUUCUUCCACAAAUUCUCAGACUCAGUCCAGUAAAUCUAGCAAAUUUGCCAGUUUGAAUGAGGACAGCAAGGAUGAUGUCGGAUCGCAAAACACAGUUUCAACUUCUAAGGUUGAGUUCAAGGGUUCUUCAGGUCGAUUGGAUGAUUCUGGAUUUAAAGAUUUGCCUGUUACCCAGACCCAGGUUACAGAUUCCGAAGCCCAAGUGACAGCUUUGUUUGGCAGUUCAGGGGAUGUUUGUUUGAAAGAUCAACUGGCUUCACAAACACAAGUGAAUGCUCAAACAGGCAAAUUAGAGAAGGUGGGGUGGAAGGAUCAGGCACCUUUUGAGAGCCAGUCCCGCUCUUAUUCAGGCUGGGGUGAUGUUGAUUUUAAGGAUCAAGCAGCUUCUCAGACUCAAUUUAGAUCUAAUCCUGGUGGAGCUGAGCAAUCUGGAUUACAAGAUGAAACUUCUACUCAAAACAUGUUCAGAAGUCCUGUUGGAGCUGAGCUUUCUGGAGUGAAAGAUCAAGUUUAUUCUCAGUCGCAGUUCUUGGUUCUCUCUUGUCAGGAUGCAAGUAAGAUGCCAUCUGGAGCUUCUGCGAGCAGAACAAGCAGUGUUGAACAGAGAGAUUAUCCUUCUAGUCAGGCUUUACUCAAAGGUUCUCCUGGUGCAAUAGUGGACAUGGGAUCAGAUUCAAGACAACCGUCGGUUUCUCAUAUUCAGGAUAAAGCUUUCUCAAGUAAGUUGGACGGUGGUCCUGAACUGAAAAACCAAGCGGCCUUCCAGGUUCAGUACAGAGGUUCUGAAGGUGAUCGGUUGGCUCCACUGUCCCAGUGGAGCUCUUUCCCAGGAAAAAUGGAUAUGGGGAGGAAAGAAUUGGCAUCUUUGGGGAUGCACCAUGGAGAUUUGCCACCCAGGGUGGAAAAUAAUCUUCAGGGGAUGAAGUUACAGAGACAGAAUUCUGCAUCUGAACAGAGCAAGAAGUCACAAGGUAGGAGGAGUGAGAGCACCCCUGUCAAUGGAAACAGUGAAAUGUUUUUCUCCGAAAGAAAGAUUACAGAAAGUUUGGAGGUGUUUGGUUCAGCCACAAAAACCCCAAUUGAGCAAGUUCAGAAGGUAAGGCAGUCAAAAGGAAGUCAGGAACUCAAUGAUGAGCUGCAGUUGAAGGCUGAUGAGCUUGAAAAGAUUUUUGCAGCGCACAAGCUACGGGUGACUGGAGAUCAGCCUUCUUCUGUUCGGAGAGUUAAGGGACCAGAUGCACCGGUAGAGCAGGUUGAUAGUGCAAUGUACAGGACAUCAGAUGAAGUAACUCCCACUCAAUUGCUUGAAAAAAAUCCAGUGGGGGAACCUCGUGGUAGUUCCAGUAACACACUGGAGUUUGAUUUCAACUCUUUAAUAAAGAUGGUAGAUAAUCAAGACUAUGGUAAUACUCUCAGGCAGAAUAUUACUGAAUUUGGUUCGUCCGAGGAUUCUAGAGGAAAGUUUUAUGACAGGUACAUGCAGAAACGAGAGGAAAAAUUGAGGGAAGAAUGGAGUUCAAAAAGGGUUCAAAAGGAAGCCAAGAUGAAAGCCAUGCAGGAUAGUCUUGAACGUAGCAGAGCUGAAAUGAAGACCAAGUUCUUGGGCACUCCAAACCAGCAGGACUCUACUCUUCUUGCUCGUCGACGUGCGGAGAAGCUUAGAUCUUUUAACAUUCGUUUAGCCAGUAAGAACAGGGAGCAGCAGCCAAUAGAGUCUGCCCUGAGCGAAAAUGAUGAAGAUCCAUCGCAGUUUGCUGGAGAUACACAACAAGAUAUAUCCUUCAGUGGGAUAACUUCAGCAGAUAGUUCUUCCAGAAAUACCCAAUCAAAGAAGCUUUUGCCCAGUAGAAGCUCAUUCUCAUCUACCCCUCGAACUGUAGCAGUACCAGGUCCACGAUCAUCUGCAAAGGGUUCCAAUUCCAGUUCUGGCAGGCAACGGACUCUACCUGAAAAUUCCCUUGCACAGUCUGUUCCGAAUUUCUCUGACUUUAGAAAGGAAAACACAAAACCUUCAACCGGAAUGAGCAAGACUGCAACCCGUUCACAGUUUCGAAAUUCUACCCGCAGCAAGAGCGCCACUGAAGACCUACCACUUGCUAAGGAGGAAAAGCCACGGCGAUCUCAGUCCAUGAGAAAGAGCUUUGCUAGUCCUGGUGAGUUGAAGGACAUGUCACCUCAGAACACCGAUGGUGUUGUUCUGGCACCAGUAAUAUUUAGUAAUGAGCAAACUGAUGAGGGCCUCUACGGAAAAUCUCCCAAGAAUGCCGAGUCAAAACCCUCCUUCAGGAAGGGCAAUGGGAUAGUUCCAGGAGCUGGUGCUGGUUUAGCUAAGAUGAAAGCUUCAAUGACAUCUGAGGACCAGAAAAAUGAAGAAGACUCUGAUGAAGUGGCUUAUCAGCCAGAUGAUCCAGUAGACAUGGUCAAGGGGGAAGAAGAAGAGGAAGAAGAAGAGUUUGGAAGAGUGACUGGUGAAGAAGCUCUUAAGGCUGGAGAUUUUCCUGCUGAUUCAGAUAAUGAGAAAUCACGACUGAGCCAGGAAUCAGAAAAAUCAGGUGAUCCUGGAUCAGAAAAUGGCGAUGUCCUGAGAUCACUUUCUCAAGUAGACCACAACUUGGUAGUUGAUGUUGUUGCUUCAGGGCCCAUUCCAAUCCAUGGCUUUGCAGGGAAUGUGCAUGACUCACUGGGAGAGAGUCCUGCAUCUUGGAACUCUCAUGUGCAUCAUCCAUUUUCUUAUGUAAAUGAGACAUCAGAUAUUGAUGCCUGUGUGGACUCUCCAGUGGGGAGCCCCGCAUCAUGGAACUUGCACUCUCUCAGUCAGAUGGAAUCUGAUGCAGCUCGAAUGAGGAAGAAGUGGGGCAGUGCUCAGAAGCCAGUUCUUGUAGCUAAUACGUCCCACCAUCUUUCACGGAAAGACAUGACGAAAGGGUUUAAGAGGUUAUUGAAAUUCGGGAGGAAAAGUCGUGGGUCCGAGAGCCUGGUGGACUGGAUAUCUGCGACAACUUCUGAAGGAGAUGACGAUACUGAAGAUGGCCGGGAUCCAAUUAAUCGGUCAUCUGAAGAUGUGAGGAAAUCAAGAAUGGGUUCCUCACAGAGUCACCCUUCAUAUGAUGGCUUCAACGAAGGCGAGUUGUUUGAUGAACAAGUUCAAGCUUUACAUAGCUCUAUCCCUGCGCCUCCAGACAACUUCAAACUGAGAGAGGACCAUCUAUCAGGAAGCUCACUAAAAGCUCCGCGAUCAUUCUUCUCGCUUUCAUCGUUUCGAAGCAAGGCGACUGAGUCAAAGCCCAGGUGACAGCCAAGAACCGAAGUGGUUGGAUCUCAGGAUAUAAAGAAUCAUAUAUAUAUAUAUGUAGAGGUGGCAAUUAAUUUUGAAAUAGAGGUAGAUUUAUACAAAAUCAAUGCAUUCUGAAGUGGUAUACAUAUACCACUGUGUAUUCUUUUCUUCCAUAGACUUCCGAAGCUUUCAGUUUCUCAUUGUGAUUUUAGUUAGUGUUUUCCCCUAUUGGUAGUGUUGAAAUUUGUAGCAUAGGUACAAAGUGAAAAGAUGCCAAUUGGCGUAAAGUUAUCCUUAUUUUUGCAAGUCCAGGUAAUUCUUUUUUCUACUGCUGUAGUCAUUUUGUAUUCCUGUACUUCAGUGUUUACAAAUUAUAAGAAUUCAAAAUGUCUACCCUGAAAGGAAAGAAGAGUGAUUUCAUUUUUACAC